GGACCAUGGCUUCGUCCCCGCCGUCAUUCCCCCCAGCGCAACAGGCGCAGAUUAUUAGGGCAAACCAGAGGGACCUAUACCAUGUCGCCCUGCUCAGAGAGCAAACGGAGAACGUCACCCGAUCGUGGCUAGGGAACCGCUUCAUCUUGCGAUGGGAGAAGGAACUUGAGCUCUUGGUGAAGCUCGCGUACUUUGGCUUGACUUCGGGUCGUGCCACGCAGACCCUCGGCGAGGAAUAUACCGACAUAUGGGCGGAAAGUGCUGGGUCCGUACCGCCUCCCACUCCCAUACGUGCUCUGUCCGUCCUUCUACCUUCGUUGCCGCCAUAUCUCCUCGCCAAAGCAUCUGCACACUGGCGAAGCAAUACCCUGCUUCGACGAAUUGUGACGAGUCUCGAGGUCCUAAAUGAAGUCAAUCUUGCGAUAUUUUACAUCUGGGGACGCGGAGGAUACUAUGAUCUAUGGAAGCGCUUGCUGCGUGUUACCCAUAUAUCAUCCAUUCCUGAGAACCCACAUAUUCGACCUCCGUCUUAUUCCCUUCUUGGCGUUGUCAUUGGCAUGCGGUUGAUAUACCGUGCAAUCUCGGCCCUACGCGCUCGUCGCGUAGCCUCCCUGGAGGCCGCCUCGAACGAGAAAGGCAAGCAACGGCAGACCGUGUCCAACGAUUGCUUCCUCGACGACCGUUCUGUCACUGAAAUAGUGGCCAAGCAACCUUCAGAGGACGACGAGCUUCCACGACCUGAUGAAGACGAAUGCACGGCGCUGGACCUGUCUGCCAUACCGGAUGAUCUGCGUGCUUCGCGAAAUUGCACGCUUUGCUUGGAGGAGCGCGUGAACAGCACAGUGACAGAGUGUGGCCAUCUUUUCUGCUGGUCUUGCAUCGUGGGUUGGGGAAGGGAAAAGAAUGAAUGCCCGCUAUGUCGACAGUCGUUGUCCUUGACCAAGCUGCUGCCGGUGUAUAAUUUAUGAUGUUCUUGCGCGUCUUCAAUAGUGCAUGCAUGUCGCAUGGUGAUCCGCCGAGUACUUCUGAAAGCAUGGCGCUUCUGGCUCGUACAUCUAAGAGCCAAGCGAUGCGACAACGUUGUCGCCCCCAAGGCA